UGUUGUAUUUUGACAAUAUUCCAUUAUUUUAACUGCGAAAAGAAUUCAAUAAAUGAGCUUUAAGAGCUGUACCUCAAUUUUACAUAACUUUAACAAACAUUUAAUUAGGCUAUACAAUGUACACUAUUUAAAUACAUAAUGUGCAUCAUCAGUGCACAUUAAAAUAGUUUUGAACCUUGAUUCUUCUUGAUUAAAUUUUUGAGCAGUAUUUUGUUCUAUUUUUACCCAAAUUAUUGUGAGCAUUAUGGAGCGCUAAACUCUCACACGUAAUUUCCCACAAGUGAGACGAAUGAAUAGGAUAAUGCAGGAAAACCCUAAUAUGGACAUCCAGCGAUCGCUGUAGCUGAAUAAAACAGAUUUUGACUAAUUAAACAUGAAGAGAAUUAACACGCGAUUGCGACAGUAUUAUGGUUUGUGUUCUUCAAGCCAUCUCAGGUAUUUUAAUGUAGGCUAUUUAUAAUGCAAUGCUAAUCGACAUAGCAUUUAUCACUAUAUAGCUAUAAUUUUUUAUUUAUUUAUUUUUGACUGGCAGCAUUAUGUACUUUUUUCAAGAUUUCUAUUUCUAUAGAUAUUACCAUAUAUCGCUAUUGUGAAUUCUUUUGGCCACGAUAACCGUGUAGUGAAAAAUCUGAUAUCGUCACAGCUAAUAUAUUUAGUAACAGAGGUUUGGGCUCAACUGUUAAACUGUCAACUUGAGAUUUGGAAAAGGAAAAGAGGGUUUUUAAAGACAUUCCAUUGUUGUUUCCUAUUUAUUUAAACACUUGUGCCGUCGAACUGUUGUAUAAACGCAAUAUCACACUCGUAGCCGUGCGAUAUGGCUGUAUAUCAGCACCCUGUGAUUACCUACGGCCGAAUCACAGCCGUGCUGAUAUACAGCCAUAUGGCACGGCUACAAGUGUUAUAUUGCUCAUUUCCAAAACUAGUAACGAAUUAAUGUUGAGUCGCUUCAUUGAAACGCAUUGUAAUAUGUAGAGUAUUAUGAGAGAGAGAGAGAAUCGAGUGUAUUACCUGCAUCUAGCUGAUAUUCUUCAGGUCAAUCUUAUAUUCAGAAUCACAAAAUCAGUUUAAAUGUCCACUGAGGAAAUGACAUCUUUGUCUUUGUCCUUUUAACAUUUAAGGGGAUUUCUCAUGACAGCGCUAAUCAAUGUAUUUGUCAGUUGCGUCUCGUAAGAUGUUGUUAACACUUUCUAUGAAGACCAUGCUUAUAAUGAAUUAUAGCUCCAUUUAUACUUAUUUAUAAGCAAGUAUUACUAUUUUAUAAACAUAUUUAUAAAGACUUAUUAAAACCUAUACAUUAUAAGAACAGUUAUAGUUACAUUUAUAUUAUUUAUAUAAUUAUAAGUCAUGCAUUUGUUUUUUCAAUGCUCAUGUUCAUAAUCCAUUAUACACUGAUUUAUAAGUAUUAAUUAGUCAGUCGUAUGCAACCUGCAUUGCUAUAAUGUUAUUAUAUUAUAGUUACAAUGACUUUUUAUUCACAUUUAUUUCUGUCAAAUUAGUGAAUAUAUUGAUAAUAGCUGUGUUGUGUUCUUAAAAAUACUUAUUGUGAGUAAUAAUAGUUACUAAUCUCUAUAAAUGCAUCAUUGAUGGCUUUAAAACACAGGAUGCAAUUUUUCUAAAUCAAAUGUUAAGUAUUCAUGAAGAUGUGCUCAUUUUAAGUUGCUUACUUGUAAAUGUAACUAAUGAACAGUAAUUCCUGUAAUAAAAUAAUGAAAAAAAAAAAAAAACAGAAAUCAUUCAUACAAACAGUUGAAAACAAUGUAUCUUUUUUUAAUGUUACAUACUUGCAAAACACUGCAACAAUAUUUUAAAGUAUAAUUUCAAACUGCUAUAAGCAAUAUCAUGCAAAUGGCUGAGGAGAUAUAGAUUUUAACUAAUUAAAAUGACCAUCCAUGACCUCUAAUGCAAACAUUAGCCAUUAACGACAUAAUAACUAAUUGGUACAGCAAACAUGUGUCUCUGGAACUGUUUUAUAUUUGAUCAUUUUUAUAUCAGUGUAUAAUGGAUUAUGAUCAUGUGCAUUGAAAAAGCAAAUGCAUGGCUUAUAAGUAAUUAUAAAAACAAAAUAAAUGCAGUAUAGGUCUUAAUGAGGCUUUAUAAAUAUAUUUAUAGAAUAAAUAAGUAUAAAUGGGCCUAUAAAUCAUUAUAAGUAUGGUCUUAAUAGAAAGUGUUACCAAAACAACUUUCUAUGUUUCAGUCCAUUUCAAUAUAAAAGUCUUUGCGACUGACUCACUCAUAAAGACAGUCUUUGCUGCCAUCUAAUGGCGUAUUAAUGUAACUUUCACAGUCGAAAUCACUAACAGACUAUUUCUCAAUACUAAAAAAAUUGGCAUGUUAUUUAUAUAAAAUGUUAUUUAUUGAACAAUAAUAUUUAAAUUAACAAUAGCCAUUAUAACAGUAUAAGAAGUAAAAUAGGAAAUAAACACAAGAAAACAGUUCAGUCAAACGUACAAAAGCAGCGCUCUAGUUAGUACAGGAUUUAAUUUCAAUGUAAAUAAAAAGUUAUGAAACUUAAUAUAGCCAUUAAGACAAAUCUAUUAGCUCUGGAACAAGUAAUGUAUUAAUAAGACCAAAGAUUGACCGUUUGAUAUACCCAAGACGAAUUAUACCUUAUGUUUAAACACUAUCUACAUAAGAGCCAGCGGCAAAGUCCCGAAGGAGUGGCCGAGAUGACGCUGUUCUCUGCGGGUACAUGAGCACUGAACGGUCACACUGACGCCCUGGACCUCGCACCAUAUAGGCUGAGAGAUCUUUCCAGCCAUAUAUAUGUGUGUGUCUUCACACAAUUGUUUUAUUAAAGUGAACAAAAAGUAAAGUAAGUAGAAAUGUGGGGUAAAGCACGAAUGCAUUAAAUUGCCAUGAAAAUAAUAUUUUUUUUUUUUCAUAUUGAACUUCUGAUCUGUUAAGCAGUGUAUAAAGCCAACGGCUUAUUAGUGCAAGUUAAUAUAAGUGUUAAUACCUACACAUGUUGAAGCCAGCAUAAAGGCAUUACUGUCUCUCCAUUCAAGCUAUAAGCACAUAAUGAUUAAAGCUGCAUUGGCUGUUUUCCCUGCUGGACCUUCACUUGCUGCUUAUUGUCGUGCAGCUGAAGUAGGGUUUGGAGUGUGUCCAGAAAGAGCAUUCCAUUGAUUUUUACAGACUGAAGUCCUGAUAGAGGUCAUAGCAACGGAGACACAUCUUUGAAACUUAGUAUUCAUGUCAACUCUGUGCUGUUUGUACUCUGUUUCACUUACAACAACAAUCUCCUCUACAUUUUACACAAUUCUCACAUUGAUCACUGUGAAGUGGAGAACAUCAGGAUAUCAAUCUACCUUUGAUUUAACAAGCGGCGUCGCUAGACCCUUUUAUAUGGAAGCUUGUUUCUGCCAUGGAGUGAAAAAUAAAAAAGGUCAAUGGCAAGGAUAUCUACUCAUAAGUGCAUGCUGGUCUUGACCUUGACCUUCCUGGUCUGUGAGAUUGUGGUCGGCCGAAUCUGCAGAUCCCUCCUGAUCGCAGUGGACAGCUUCCACACGCUCUACGUUUUCAUACAUUUGUCUCUAUCCGCAUUAAAGCAUCAUCCUAAUUCUCGCUGUUCACCGGAUACCUCCACCACCACUGGUCCCUCACUUCCAAACAUCUCCGUUUCUGAAGGCCCGAGUCCUCCGUAUGAUGAGCAGCACUACAGAAGGAUGCGCCUCGAGCCGUUUGGCAUCCUGAUCUCCGCUCUGCUAAUGGCGUCUCAGUGCGUCUCCAUUAGUCUGGAGAUUCUCACCCACCUCGUGCAGCCAGAAGCCAUUCAACACCCACUCUUGUCUAUUGUGGUUGGAGGAGCUAGUCUGUUAUUCAAUAUACUCGUGUUGGCCUGGAGAAGGAGAGGCAGCGGGAUGGAUAAAGCUGCUGAUGGGAUCAACAAGUGCCUGAUGCGAAACGACCCUCAUUCUACAUCAGAAAGCAAAGAAAGUGCUCUCCAGGACGACGCACUGAUGUUCUGCAACCCUGAAGCGUCUAGUGUUCUGGAUCCAGAUCAAGGCUCUCAGGACGGCUCUUCUGAGUUACCAAACCUCAGCGUCAUUAAACCAGUUCCUGAGUCCAAUUCCAGGAUCGGUGAAAGUUCUCAGGAAAUCGUUCAGCCUACAGAACAACUUGCAGAAGAACCUCGUCACUCCGUCUGCACCGAACACACUGUUUCCCAGUGUAUCUCUAAAGGAUCCGGGUUUAGAAGACUGCAGCUCGGCUCCAUCAGUGUGGUCCAGGAUCUUCUGUGUUCAGUCCUCAUUGUGACUAACGGUCUGGUUCUCCUGCUCUCUGAAGCGCACUGCCAUCGGCUUCACUCGGACUGUCAUCUCCUGGUCUAUCUGGACGCAGGUUUCUCCACAGUCGGUGUGCUGGUGCUGUUAUCCGCGGCCCUGCCGAAGCUGCACCGCUAUGGGCUGCUGGUUCUCCAGGCGCCGCCGCUGCAUCUCUCCAUCGGUCAGGUGCGGCUUUGCCUCAGUGAAGUGCCAGGCGUGUUGUCGGUUCACGAGCUGCACGUGUGGCAGCUGUCAGACGCGUUGAUGGUGGCGUCGCUGCACGUGCACUGUCCCGAAGGGCUGAGCGCAGCGGAGUGCGACGAUCUCAUGGCGAGGGUCAAAGCAGUGCUGGCUACUUUUGGCAUCGAGCACUGCACCGUGCAGCCCGAGUUCCUCGCCUCGGACGGGAGCGGCGCGGCGCCCGGUGACGGUUCGGGAGCAGUGCGGCCAGUCUGCAGCUUGAGCUGCGGGCAGGAGUGUGCGGAGAAGCUCUGCUGCUCACCGCAGGCGGAUGAUUCCCAUAUUCCCAAGACGGAGACUCCCGUCUGUGUCCAGGAGGAGAAACCCUGCUCUCCAGCGCCACCGAGUGUUGAUGAGAUCAGAGAUGUGAUUAUUGAGAACACGUACCUGUGAUUGAACAAGGUUGUUGGUAUUUUUGUGAACUGACAGUCUUGUAAUUACUGUACAUGAUGAGACUCCAGCAAUAAACGUUUUUAAUAUAUGCAAAAUUAGUUGAGUUUAUCACUACGGAGACUAAACACUGGUUUAUUCAGAGCUAAAGCACUGAGGAGAGGAUCAUAACUAAAUAAUUUCUAAACCUGUAACAUAUGUAAGUAAAGCCUACUGUAGCUAUCAUAUUUGAUACACAAAUGAUCAACAUGAUCAAAACUUGACUGAAAAACCUGUUGCACACAAUCGGCUACAUCAUGCCUUCUGCUGUCUGAUUGAUAGUUUAGACUUUCUAGCAAGUAAAAAGCCUUUUAGUUUACAAAUGCUUUUGGUUCAUGUGUUUUUGCUGUUAAAUCCUUAAUGACUUUUAUAAAGUAAACAUAAGAAGUGGUCACACAUCAAGUAGUGCUGUCAAACGACUAAUCGCAACUAAUCACUUUCAAAAUAAAAAUUUGUUUACAUAAUAUAUGUGUACUGUAUAUAUGUAUUAUGUAUAUAUAUAAAUACACACACAUACAUGUAUAUAUUUAAGAAAUAUUUACAUGUAUAAAUGUGUAUAUAUAUUUAUGUUUAAUAUAUAUUAAAUAUACACAGCACACACACAUAUAUUAUGUCAACACAAACACUUUUAUUUUGGAUGCGAUUAAUCAGGAUUAAUCAUUUGACAACACUAAAUUCAAGAUGAACAUUACUGGACUGAAGCAAAUGAGGUUUACUUGAUUAUCCAUACAUCAUUUAAAAAUCAUGUUCAAAUGUGUCAGAUAUAAUCAUCAGGAUAUUGAGGAAGGUUUAUUUGUUCAUCUCUCAAUCAUCAUUGAAUUGCAUUGCAUUAUAUGUUUUAAAACUACAGAGCUUUGAUAAUAAAACUAAGCAUUAAAUAUCAUCUUACUAAAACAUAUUAUUGGCAGAUAUGGAGUGACGACUGAUAUUUAUAUGCGUUUUAUGUCACUGUUAUAAAGGUCUCAUUGAUUCACUUUACAAGCAUCAGAAUUUCAUCUUACUUUCUGGCCAGAAUCUGCACCAAAUUGCAUAUUUUGCUCAUUUAGUUCCUCUUAAUUAAACUGAUUUUUUUUUGCUCCUCGAGUUUGAGCUCCAUAUUCUCACUAUAUCAUACUAUAUGAGCCAUAAAAUCCUGAUGUAUCAAAUAUGAUGCUUAACAUAAAACACAUAUGCAAAAUGUUAGUUAAAAUGUAGGGACACAAAUGUCCCUGAUGUUAUUUUUUUUUUAUAUGAAUAUUGAUUUUAUAAUAUGUUUCAAUAUUUUAUCAAGUUUAGUAUGAGUUUGUAUUUUGCAUAAAUAUGGCAUGUGUUUUAAUAUAAGAAUUCCCCUCAUAAACAUAAAACUGCCCCUUAAAUUUAAUUCCAGGAGGCAAGUAUUGAAGAAAAAAUGUACAUAAAAUUCUCCGUUACACAAUGUAGGAUUGUACUUUUGCAUCAUCUUGUGGAGUUUGAAACAUUAAGCAAAAUAAAUGUAACAAACCCCAAGCCUCUACUGAUACUAAUAAAUAGCAUUUUAAUACACUUGGAUGCAUUCAUUUCUUCAACAAGUACUUUGAAAACAUGGAGGAAAAAACACAAAAGAUGAUAAUAAAUUGUCGGUGGUAGGAAAACACAAAUAUUAUGCCUAAAGAGCAGUAAUUUGUUUUGAUAUGCAUGAGAAAUGUGCUGUUUACCCAGGCCAAACCAUCCUGCAGCUAUAUGUGAUAUCCCCACAAUUCAUAACACACAUGUACACAGAAUACUGUAUACAGAAGAGUCUACUUUCAGACCAUGUGGAUGAAGAAUAUUGCCCCUCCGAAGUAAAAAAAAAAAAAAAAAUACUCUUUUUAAUGAUUCUACAAGUUUGCAAAAGCCACCUUAGAAAGUGAGGGCCCUUGU